AUGCUAUGGAGCUAAUGAUCUUUAGCAAAGCCAAGGUGAGAUUCGAUGAGGAUAAGUAUGUGGAUGUCUCGGAGGAAACUGCCCAUUACAACGAAGCAACUCUCCUGACCGAGGUGGACAUUCUCCAGCAGGUUAACCAGUUGCCAAUGAUCAUUGGUGGCAGCAUUGGAGGACUCGUGUUGCUGCUGAUAGUAAUCUUUGUCUUUUUUAAAUUUGGAUUUUUCAAACGGAGUCACAGUUCUGGAGAGCGAGACAGCCUGCAGGUGGCUCCCUCUGAGGGAGGAGAAGUUCCUUCCACUGCGGAAGAAAUAACACAAGAAUGAGCAAUAACACCAUAGCCUCAUCCAGCAACAGUUUGGACCAACAAUGCGUGUUCCUUGUUCAAUGUGGAAAAGAAAAACAAAAUAAUGGAUUGAAAAUAAAGGAAAAGUUU